AUGUUACCGACACGUUACACCUAUGCAGUGCUGCUUCUUCCCUACGUGAUUAUCAUUCUGCUUGCUUCAUCAGACGGAAGGAGAGAAAAAAAAGGUGUCCAAAAGGAACUCGCCGGCCGGUGCUCCUUUCUUGGUCCGGGUGUGAACAUACGCGAAGUGAAGAUACACGGGAAGUGGAAAAAAAAAAAAAAAAAACUGCAAUCAAAGCUGGACGUAAAAUUGGAGUUCACCUUAAAAUCGACGUCAACGGAGACGACGCCGACGACAACGGCGAUAACGCCGAAGUUGGAACUGCCCCGUCCGUACGACGGGGUGAGAAUAGGCCAGGGCUAUGACAUUCACCAGAUACGGGUGGGCCCCCCGGAAGACAUCGUCGCGGACACCACCGCAGACACCGCCGCGAACACCGCUGAUCCCAACAAGCAGAGCUUCAAAAGGCUGACCAUCGGGGGGGUGCCAGUGGAGACCAUUUCCGUGCUGUCGCACAGUGAUGGGGAUGUCAUUUUCCACGCACUAGUGGACGCCCUACUUGGCGGCAUGAGUUGUUCGGACCUGGGAACCCUCUUUCCUGAUGGCUCACCAAAAUAUAAAAAUAAAAACUCACUCUCCUUUUUAAGAUAUGCCAGACUGCUUUUGUAUAAAAGGAAUUACGCCAUCGCAAAUGUGGACAUCAUCGUCAUCGCGGAAGUUCCCAAGAUAAGUCCCAUUCGCGAGGAAAUUGUUCGCAACAUAUCUUCUGCUCUGGGCAUCUCGGAAUCGCAGGUCUCCCUCAAAGGAAAAACUCACGAGCAGCUCGGCCCCGUCGGACAGAAAAAGGCAAUCGAGUGCUUCGCAAACGCGCUCUUAAUUCGAAAGCAAUCAUAA